AUGCCGUCUCCAGAGGCAUCCCCAUCAUCGCCGGCAGAUGCUCCAGGCACAACAACCCACGCACCACCUGCUGCUGCUGCUGCUGCUGCUGCUGCUGCCGCUGCCGCUGCUGGCACCGAGUCUGAGUCUGCUGCCGUCCAUGGCGCUUCGCUGCUCAUCAUCCUGCAGAUCGCCUCGCGCGCCCUCACCUUUCUCGCCAACCAGCUCCUCCUGCGCUAUCUGACCGCUGCGCUCCUCGGCCUGUCUGCCCAGCUCGAGGUCUACUACCUCUCCGUCCUCUUCUUCGCCCGCGAGAGCCUGCGCGUCGCCAUCCAACGCCAGAGCCCCUCGAGCGCCCGCUCCAACACCCCCAUCCACCAGGCCGUCGUCAACCUAGGCUACCUCGCCGUCAUCCUCGGAUGCUUCGUCUCGGUUGGCUUGGGCGCCCUUUACCUGUCCUCUGUGGAGCAGGCCACCCUCGAGACGCCUUAUUUUGUCCUGUCCCUCCGCAUCUAUGGUGCCGCCGCCAUCAUCGAGCUGCUCGCUGAGCCCAUCUUCGUGCUGAUGCAGACGCGUCUCCAGUUCCGCACCCGCGCCAGCGCCGAGUCCAUCGCCACCUUCCUGCGGUGCAUCGUCACCUUUGCCGCCGCGCUUUCUGCCUCCCGGUCCGGCUUGCAGCUUGGCGUCCUUCCCUUCGCCCUCGGCCAGCUCGCCUAUGGCCUUGCCCUCCUGCUCGUCUACCUGGGCGCCGGCGUCCGUCUCGCCUCGACCGCCGAGACGGGCAACAGCUUCUCGCUGCUGCCGCGUACACUCACCACCGAGGACGGGUCAGGCGCCGACUAUGUCUGGUCGGCGACACCUUUCUCGUAUCCAUCCUGUCGACGCCCCAGGCCCAGGGCGUCUACGCUCUGGCCAACAACUACGGCGGUCUGCUCGCGCGCCUCGUCUUCCAGCCCGUCGAGGAGAACAGCCGCAGCUACUUCAGCCGGCUCCUCUCGGCGGCGCCAACGACGUCUUCGGAUACAUCUGCCGAAAAUGCCGCACAGGCGUCCCCGGCCUCAAAACAAAAAGUCUUGCUGA